AGCCAUUUUAACGUCCCGUCCUGCAUCCUUGCAAAGACAGACCUGCUCCUGCAUAGUUCAGUCAGACACUGAUAGCAGUUCAAACUGCUCCGUAAGGUUGUGAUCGUCGUCUGAGAGGCUGCUCCAUGAGUAAUGAUGCUGGCACAGCGCCCACUGCAGUCUGCACACCACACUCCUGAAAUCACGCCUCACUGGCUUCACGUCUAAUUGGUUCCACACGAGCUACAGUGGAGGGCUCACCUGUUUUAAUUGGACUAUCGCGACAAGUUGCGAAUUGUCUUAGGGAAACCUGAGGAUAUCCGAGGAGCGUAAUUGGGCAAAGACAAGGACUGCAGCAGUCGCGCGACCUAGGGACGCGCUGCUCACCAGGCCGACAAGACAAGUGAGGCAGCCUGCAGCGGAGUAGCGAGCUCCUGGAUGCAGGACAGAGGACUCUGAGCGCUUAGACAUGGACCAACGGUAACAGCCUAACAAACCAAAUGAUUUGGGUGCGUCUGCUUCAUCUUUGAGCUCCGUGUUGAACAGGAGAGCAGGAACAUUGACUCUUACGCGUGGGUAAAAACUCUCUGGAAACGGCUGCUUUUCCUCUCUAGAAGGCAGUGCUGGACGCGGGAGCUGCUCCAUCGUUAUUCUUGGUAUCGACUGGCGUACUGAGAUCAUCAGCAUUGAAGCCUUUUUUUGCACGAGUGGUCAGUGCGCCCCUGCGAUUGGAGCCAUGGGUUGUACGGUGAGCGCCGAGGAUAAGGCUGCUGCUGAGAGGUCAAAGAUGAUUGACAAAAACCUCCGAGAGGACGGAGAGAAGGCAGCCAGAGAAGUGAAACUGCUUUUAUUAGGUGCCGGGGAGUCUGGGAAGAGCACCAUUGUAAAGCAGAUGAAGAUCAUCCAUGAAGAUGGCUACUCAGAAGAUGAGUGUAAGCAGUACCGAGCAGUGGUUUAUAGUAAUACCAUCCAGUCUAUUAUGGCCAUUGUUAAAGCCAUGGCCAGUCUCAAGAUAGACUACAGCAACCCUUCCAGAGUGGACGAUGCCCAGCAGCUCUUUGCCCUGUCUGCAGCUGCUGAAGAACAGGGCAUCCUUCCUGACGAUCUGGCCAACGUGAUCCGGCGAUUGUGGAGUGACAGCGGCAUACAGAAUUGCUUUACAAGGUCGCGAGAGUACCAACUCAACGACUCUGCAGCAUAUUACCUAAAUGAAAUGGAGAGGAUAGCUAAAGCAGAUUACAUCCCCACCCAGCAGGAUGUGCUGCGAACUCGGGUCAAGACCACUGGCAUUGUGGAGACUCACUUCACUUUCAAGGAACUGCACUUCAAAAUGUUUGAUGUGGGAGGCCAACGCUCAGAGCGAAAGAAGUGGAUCCACUGUUUUGAAGGAGUCACAGCCAUUAUUUUUUGUGUUGCACUGAGUGCUUAUGACCUGGUGUUGGCUGAAGAUGAGGAGAUGAACCGAAUGCACGAGAGCAUGAAGCUGUUUGAUUCCAUCUGCAACAACAAGUGGUUCACCGAGACCUCCAUCAUCCUCUUCCUCAACAAGAAGGAUCUGUUUGAGGAGAAGAUUACUCGCAGCCCUCUCACCAUCUGCUACCCAGAAUACACAGGAGCGAGCAAGUUUGAUGAAGCAGCCAGUUACAUUCAGACCAAGUUUGAGGACCUGAACAAGAAAAGGGACACAAAGGAGAUCUACACCCACUUCACCUGUGCCACUGACACCAAGAACGUGCAGUUUGUCUUUGACGCUGUCACCGACGUCAUUAUUAAGAACAACCUGAAAGACUGUGGUCUUUUCUAAAGGAAAAAUGCCCGAUGCACACAGACUUCAUGAGAGACUGCAACAGCCAUGUGAUGAUUACUGCUUUUCAUAAUGAAAACCAUAACAGACUUGAUUCCUAGAGGGGAAACCUUAAAGAUCUUCAACAAUCACUGAUUUACAACCAUCACAUUCUCUGUCAAUUGUGUUAUUUUUUUAUUUAUAUAUAUAUAAUAUAAUUCUAACUGCGCUUGAUCAGUGGUUCUCAUACUAUUCAUACUGAGCACCUGUAAAAAGAUAUUUGACCAAGGACCCCCUUCUUGCAUGAGAAUCACUAACAAUCAAGGGCACUCACCUGAGAAGUGCUAAAUAAUUUUAAUUAUAUUAGCUGAUAGAAAUCUAUAAAAAUAACCCAUUAUCAUCAUGCCACAAGGCAAAUGAAAAUACAGCAAAAGUAUUAUUUAAUUCUUAAUAGGCGUUCAAGAACCAGUUUGAGAACCACUUGUUUAAACAAUAGUUGUUUGAUUUGGUCACAUUUUUUGUAUUCAGAUCUCUUGGCAUUUUAUGAACCUUUUGACUGCACAGAGCUUAUUUUUAAAAGAAAACAAACAAGCAUAGAGAAUGAAAAUGGAUGAAGGGAAAAUGUUUUUUGUACAAUGUUUACACAGAAUCAAUAUUCACAGUUGUACUAUAGUGCAUUGUUCUGCAUGACUGUCUAUAGAUUAGCUUGUAUCUCCCACAAACUGAAUAACAUUUAAAGAAACAAAACAGAAAUGGUUAUGUGUCACUUUUAAGAUAUCUACAAGAUUUUUAAGUGGUUAUGUCUGUUCCUAACAUGGAUUGUUCUGUGCUAUUUGUUUCAUUCCAAGUCUUUUUACAUAUGUUUGUGCCUUGACAUCUGUUUACACUUGUUCUUUAGAGACAUGCUAUCUUCAUAGUGUGAAUUAGGGCUAUUUCUACUCCACUUCAGUUCACAUAACCCAUGAUUUAAGAUGCACCACAACACAGAUACAAAUGGAUAAUAGUUGUUCAUUAAUAUUGAGAUAAAAGUCAUUCACUUGUUAAAUGUAAAUAAAAGUUUGGUCACGUGA